AAAACAGUAACGGGUAGCUUAUAGUCGGGGCACUCGACUAUAGCGUUUCCUCUUGUUAUAUACUUAAUAACUUUAAACAGGAGAUCUAAACUCCGCAUGCAGUCGGAAAAGAAAGUGCAAAGUAACAUGGUUGUAAAAGCAUACUUAUGAUGUAGGGAAGAUAAUCAGUAUACAUUAGACAAUCGAGUUUAAAUGUACCAAUGAAGUCAAUAUUGCGGACAAGAGAUACGAAAUCUCAAAUUGCCUCUUUAGAGAGUUUCAGAUAUAACUAAUCGAAAUAUAAGGAUCGAAAGGUCAUUAUGAUCAGAAAAAAUUGUGGAGGCAAGCAAGUCGAUUGGAACGGAUAAAUAUAUGUUUAUCUUGCAGAUUUAAAUCCCCCAAAAAGGUUUAACGGUCCUGCUUUUAUGGCCGGGAUACUUCAACGGAAAUCAGCAAUUCGUUCCAACAUUUAUUUAUGUCAGCUGUGGUUGCUGAAAAGAAGAUUUCGACCUAAUCAGGGAAACUGCAGUACGUUUUUGGUUUUAUUGCUUAUUUAGACGAUUACAGAGUUUAAGAUAUAUCCAGUGGUUGAUAUAAAGCGUACUCGGCGUAUCAGUACUCCAGGUCAUUUAAUGGUCCUCUCAGGGACCUCACCUGAUCACCAUCGUCGGCUGCCAAGAGUCUUUUACCCGGUAAUCGGUCGAAGUCAGUGUGACCGAGCUUGUAUGGCUGUAUCCAUAUUCGCAAUGUUUCAGUUUUGGUAUUCAGUGUGAUUUUUUAUUCCAUAAAAAGGGUGUUCUUUUUAAAGGUAUAGAACUUGUAGUAUUACAUUUUCAGCCACGGCUGGCUCGGAUGUAGUCCAAUUUUCGAUGACUGUAACGAUCUUGGCAUCAUCGUUUUUGAAGAAGUAAGGACCAAUGAUUCCACCAGCCCAUAAAGCGCACCACAUAGGCAGUUUUUCUGUAUGUAACGGUGUUUUGACAUACACUUAAGGGUUAACAUCACUCCAAAUGCGUAAGUUUUGUUUGUUAGCGUAGCCAUUCAAACAGAAAUACGCUAUCGAUUUUGUCGACGAUAAAAUUUUCGAAAUUAAAUUGCACUAAUUGCAAGCGUUGUUAAGGCCUGAGUCUAUUCAUGAUGAAUUGCCAAACCAAACUGAGAACAAAUCACUUGACAGCUGUUAAAUCGGUCGCCAUCUUAAACAGUAAUGCCAACUUAAAUUUGUAUAACUUCAAAUAAAAUACCUUCAAUAUCAAUUCUCUGGUUUAUAUCUUAUUUUCUAAUGUAAGUACAUCCUUAUGAGCUGGCCCUGGAAUAUGUCCAUUAUUCCUGAAAGGAGUAGAACAUUGCCUUCCCUACUCUCUGUCAGUUUUGGCUACUUCACAGUAUGGUUUCAGAUCCCCAAUAUACUCUCGCUUCGUUUUCCUAUUGCCCUGAAUCUAUGGAUCUGGAUCUGGGAUCUGAGGCGGUAAAAUGUAAGGAAAGCUCACCUCUCACCGGCGUGACACUGAAUUCAGCAGUAGAUCUGCAUUAGUAUUGGAAUAUCACGCGUUCUUAUGCAUUAUCUUUUCUUUUUGUACCGGCAACCGCUCGCGACCUGCACCCGCUUAAAACCUUUUGUAAAACCGCCUGAUUUCAAUAAAUAUACUCAAACCCUAUAAUAAAUAAAUACAGUCCACUUAAUUCAUAAACAUAACAAAAUUUUGUUCUUUCGAGCGGAUUUUCUAUCAAGUACAGUGGAGCGUCUAUUUGAGGGGCAAAACCAACUUCUGGAAGAAAUGCAUACGUCAUCGGGAGCAGCUGAUUUAAGGUCUUGUCAGGAUAUACACGUAAGGCGACCCCCAAGACCAGCCCAGAGUAGACGCCGCCAAGUCGCUUAUCAUGCAAGUGGAUCAAAUCAGUCUUCUCGCGACUGUAUAUAUCGUCAAGGACAGCACAAUACGAGUAUAUACGCAUGUACUGCAUUCAAAGCCCUGGAUGUCGUAAAUCGCCGUACCUUUGUCAGGGAUACUAAGCUUUGUUUUAAUUGCCUAAGUCCAUCUCAUCAAGUCAAGGAUUGUAAUUCUUCGAACACUUGCCGUCAGUGCAACGCUAAGCAUCACACGCUAGUCCAGCCGGAAGAGUCUAGAUCGAUUCCGUUGGGCUCCGCACAUAUGUCUGCGGCUGAGGUUAAUAUAUUUUCUUCGAUUGAUCCUGAUGUUGGUAUGAAUACUGCUGCUGACAGCCAUCAUACUGUGGAGAGGGCCAACAAUCAAGCCCUACUACCAACUAUUCUUAUAGCUCGAUACUGGAUCAACAAUAACCAUGGUAGCUGAGUCGUUUAUCCAGCGGAUUGGAAUUCCAUGAACGCAUGCUCGCAUCUCAAACUAAUUUAAUGAUACUUUUUAUUUAUCUGUUUUUUUUUUAUUAUGGAUAUGUGGGGUUAAAUGUUUAAAUAAUUUAACAUUAACACAUAAUUCAACAUGAUGUCUGAAAGUAUCCAUAUAAGUAAAAAGUUGUGAGAUUAAAAUAACACUGAGACAUCUUAUUUUUCAGGUGGUGGCCUUGUUGUUGGAACAGCAUUAUCUUUGUUGUUUUUUAAAAAACGAGCAUGGCCUGCAUGGGUCGGUGCGGGUUUUGGAAUCGGCGUCGCAUAUAGAACAUGCGAAAUGGAAAUAAAUUCUUUUAAGUGAAUAUUGUACGAUAUAAUUUAUAAUAAAACACUUAUGUAUUGUUGAACUUUA